AUGGACGAAUUAACUGAAGAGACACUUAAGAUCAAGGCCGCUGAAAUUGUAUCACAUCUAUAUCCAGAUAAAACAAUCUUAACAUUUUCAACAGGUUGGUUUCAAAAGUUUAAGAAAUAUCACAGCAUUUGGCAGUUUGUUGUACACGGUGAAAGUGGAUUAGCAGAUACUGCUGCUAUCAAUAAUGCAUUGCCUGAUCUGCACUGUUUGAUCUCAAUAUAUGCACCUGAAAACAUGUUUAAUGUUGAUGAAACAGAAGGUAAAAAGGUUGACAAGCAAUGCUUGACAGUCGUUGCAUGUGUAAAUACAAGCGGCUCUGAAAAGCUCCUAUUCUGGAUUAUCAGCAAAUAUGCUUGGCCUCAUUAUUUCAAACGUGUUAAUAUUUGUUUACUUGGCUGUGAAUAUAGGGCUAACAUCAAAGCAUGGAUGAAUGUUACACUGUUUAAUGAAUGGCUGCACUGGUUUUCUAUACGUAUGGCUGGACGCCAAGUGCUGCUUCUAAUGAAUAACUGUUCAGCACACACCGCAGAUAUACUUGACAUUGCCAAUACAGAGAUCAAGUUCUUGCCACCAAACAUAACAUUGAAAUUGCAACCACUUGAUAGCAGAAUCAUAAGAAUACUGAAAGCCCAUUACCAUUGCCAUCAGGCCUUGCAAAUGUUGGAGCUGUUCAGUACAGGCUUGCAGACUGAACAGAGUAAACUCGAUAUACUCAAUAUGAUCAACAUAAUAAUGUCUGCAUGGGAGCUGAACAUGACUGCCAACACAAUUGCUAACUUUGCAAAAUGCACUAGAAAGAAUCAAGUAUACAGAUACGAUUCCAGACAAAAGCUGGUCAAUUAUGACAAUGAACAGGAGAUCUGUGAAGUGCAAAUGAAGAAAGAAUUCUUUGCAAGCCUAGGUUCUAGAAAUUUAGUUGCUAAUGAAGAGGAGAGUGGAGAUAGCACAGUUGAGCACCCAUAUUACACAUUCAAGCAGGUGCACAAGGCAUUGAGAUUUUGCAAGGCUAUGCAAUUCAAAAGGGCGCGGUUACCAGACAUGUUUACUAGACAGUUUACAGAUUAA